AAAAAAUAAUGUCCCAUUACUGAGGGCAUGCUGACAUUCUGAUAAAGGGGGUUAUAUAUGAAAAGAAUGUCAUACAAAUCAGCUCUCUAAAAGCCCAACCUGACUUAAAAUCCCAUGCACUGUUGUUCUUUAAUGAAAAUAAGGUAGCUUUUAAUGUAACUCUCAGUACUUGGUGCCUUGUGCUGCUUGUUCCCUUGUCCUUCCCUAAGCGAGUCUUUUGACAUGUUUCCAAGGAAAGUAAGAAUAAUGAACCUGGUAUCCUGUAUUUCAUUUUUUUAAAUAAUUUUAAAUCACAGAUUUUUUUCCUCCCUCAGAGGAAGGUUUCUGUUCUCCAUGGCAGUGCCCAGGUUUCUGCUUCCCCAGGGCCAGGGCUGUGAUACUCAACCUGCCACCGUAGAGCUGAUCCCAGCAUGGUGCCUGGAGAUUCUGCCACACCACUGAAUCCCUUCCUGAAAUACAGGCCUUAAAGGACUCUGAACUGCAGCUGACAAAUUACAAUUAGGGGGCUUUUUUUUCUUUUCUGUAUGAGCAUAAAGAACUUUUCUUCCUUGCAAUUGUUUUUCUGCACAGGAACACACAGCAAACUGAAAUACACAGAAUCUUUCCAGAGAGGAGGGAGCAGCAGGGAAGUGGGAAUGCUGUGUGCAUGCAGCCAUUUCUCAGAGAGAGCUGUGUUCACAUCCUUCUGCCACUGUCUCUUCAUUUCAAAGACUAACUACUUCCUUCUCCUCCUCCUCUUCCCUAGAAAAAAGAAUCGGAGCACCUUGGAAUAGAUGUGAGCACAAGGCGCUGUGCUGGAUAAAGCUGCCUUGGAGCACCAUGGCUGCUGCCCCUUAUCUCAACUCGGACGCGCUGCGAGAGGUGCUGGAGUGCCCCAUCUGCAUGGAGUCCUUCACCGAGGAGCACCUGAGGCCCAAACUCCUGCACUGUGGCCACACCAUCUGCAAGCAGUGCCUGGAGAAGCUCCUGGCGAACAGCAUCAACGGGAUCCGGUGCCCCUUCUGCAGCAAGAUCACGCGCAUCACCAGCUUGGCUCAGCUCACUGACAACCUCACCGUGCUGAAGAUCAUCGACACGGCCGGCCUGGGGGAGGUGGUGGGACUUCUCAUGUGCAAGGUCUGCGGGAGGAGGCUGCCAAGACACUUCUGCAAGAGCUGUAGCUUGGUUUUGUGUGAGCCCUGCAAAGAGGCUUCGCACAUGCCCCCAGGACACAGAGUCAUUGCUGUCAAAGAGGCUGCUGAGGAGCGGAGGAGGGAAUUUGGGAUGAGGCUUGCCAGGCUUCGGGAGCUCAUGGGUGAUCUUCAGAAAAGGAAAGCUGCCCUGGAGGAUGUUUCAAGAGACCUGCAAUCCAGAUACAAAGCGGUUCUGCAGGAGUACAGCAAAGAGGAGCGCAAGAUCCAGGAAGAGCUGGCCAGGUCACGCAAGUUCUUCACCACCUCUUUGUCUGAAGUGGAGAAGAUAAAUAACCAGGUGAUGGAGGAGCAAGCUUACCUGCUGAACUUAGCAGAAGUACAGAUAAUGUCUCGCUGUGACUAUUUCCUUGCCAAAAUAAAGCAGGGGGAUAUAGCUCUCCUGGAGGAGGCAGCGGAUGAGGAAGAACCAGAACUGACAAACAGUCUCCCGAGGGAGCUGACCCUCCAAGAGGUGGAACUCCUGAAGGUGAGCCAUGUGGGACCACUGCAGAUUGGGCAGGUGGUGAAGAAACCCCGGACAGUGAACGUGGAGGAAUCGCUCCUGGAAAACGCAGCAUCCUCCUUUGUCCCUCCAUUUCGGGAGCCUGACUUGGUGCAGGAGGAGCCCAGCUGCACCCCCCACUCCUCGCCAGCCAAGCCAAGGAUGCCUGAAGCAGCCACGAGCAUCCAGCAGUGUUCCUUCAUCAAGAAGAUGGGCUCCAAGGGCAGCCUGCCAGGGAUGUUCAACCUCCCCGUCAGCCUGCACGUCACCAGCCAAGGCGAGGUGCUCGUGGCAGACCGGGGCAACUUCCGAAUCCAGGUUUUUACCCGCAAGGGCUUCCUGAAGGAGAUCCGCCGGAGCCCCAGUGGCAUCGACAGCUUCGUGCUGAGUUUCCUUGGAGCAGACCUGCCCAACUUGACCCCCCUUUCUGUCACCAUGAACUGCCACGGGCUGAUCGGUGUGACAGACAGCUAUGACAACUCUGUCAAGGUGUACACCAUGGAUGGCCAUUGCGUGGCGUGUCACCGCAGCCAGCUGAGCAAACCCUGGGGCAUCGCCGCGCUGCCCUCGGGCCAGUUUGUUGUCACCGACGUGGAAGGGGGGAAGCUCUGGUGCUUCACCGUGGACCGUGGCGUGGGGGUGGUGAAGUACAGCUGCCUGUGCAGUGCUGUGCGCCCCAAGUUUGUCACCUGUGACGCCGAAGGGACCAUUUACUUCACUCAGGGGCUGGGGCUCAACCUGGAGAACCGGCAGUACGAGCACCACUUGGAGGGAGGCUUCUCCAUCGGCUCCGUCGGCCCAGAUGGGCAGCUGGGACGCCAGAUCAGCCACUUCUUCUCUGAGAAUGAGGAUUUCAGGUGCAUUGCUGGGAUGUGUGUUGAUUCCAGAGGAGACCUGAUCGUUGCUGACAGCAGUCGUAAGGAAAUCCUGCAUUUUCCUAAAGGAGGUGGCUACAACAUCUUAAUCCGGGAGGGACUGACCUGCCCCGUGGGUAUUGCUGUUACUCCCAAAGGGCAGCUGCUGGUGCUGGACUGUUGGGAUCAUUGCAUUAAGAUCUACAGUUACCACCUGAGAAGAUACUCCACCCCUUAAGGGCUCGGUUGCAAGCAAAGCCUGUCUUGGCAGUGGAGAUUCUUGCAGCCUCCUUGCAAUCUGAUGGGAACCAGUGUCAAGCCUUCAAAGAAGAUUGUGCCAUAACUGAAGGGGAUUUGGCAUAGAGGUCAUCAUGUUCUGUGUUUAGAAACAAAAUAGCUUUUGUGGUGGUGGUGGUGGUCUGCUUUUUCUUCUUUUUUAUAUAAAAUCCAUCAAGUAUGAACAAGCACGAUGGAAAGGACCCAUCCUUUGCAGUCUUGGUUCUUGUGACUGGUCACACCAUAAACCUCUUCACCUCCUUAUGCCACAUCUCCUACACUUCCAGCUUCAACCAUUGUGUCUUUCUUUGUGCCAUAAACACUGACUGACUGCUCUAAAUCACCUUCCCUUAGAGAACUAGCAGAGGCAAUCCUGUGGUACUUGCAAGGAACUGGGUAGCAGUUGUCUGGGCAACUCCUAGAGAGAGCAAUUUGUGCUUGCAGCACUGCAUAAAACGAAAUGGCCUCUUCAACCACGCAGAAAUGAAGCUUUGCUUCCACCCUGACGAGGCAGGGCUGUCUCUCCCAUUUUUCUGGUGUUCAGGAGAUUGCCCCAUCGUGCCAUUUGUGAAUUGUGUCUGUUCCAUGUGAAGUGAGUACUGUGCAAUCGUGGGAGACCGAGCUGAGCCAGAAAAUUGCCCUCUUUAUUCCUGAGUUGUACGAAGACAGGGGUUUUAUUACUAAUCAGAGUUCUGCUAGAUAGAAAGGGAUAAAAAGGGAGGGGGCUGGAGAAAAAAAAAAAAAGGGAGGGGGGGAACCUAGGGUUGCUAUUUACUGUUGUUUUAUUAUUAAAUGUAUCCUGGAAAUUGUCUUUGGAAGGUUUAUCUGGUAUCUAAAACUUCCUGGGGAAGAGGGGAAGAGCUGGGGAAAUAAGACUGGGAGAUUGUAGGAAAUGAGAUUAAAUGCAACGUAUUGUAUGUUCACCUGCACUUCACUACUCUGCAUUCCAGACCACUGCAUUUAGCAAUAGGUUUCCACUCAUCUGCACCUCCUCUGUGUAAGCUACUCACUUCUGAGAUAGGGAUGGGCAGGGGGGACUAUUUCACUUCUAUUUUUUUAAUACUUGGAAGCACAUCCAUUGAUACACAGCCUUUUUUUCCCUUGCACAGCAAAACAUUACAUUCCUCAGAUUAUUAUUUUUUUUUUGUAAUUCUUUUUUCCACAACACCAGCAGGCACCAGAGUUGCUGCUCAUCAAGGCUUUGGGCCAAAUGAAGCACAAAACUGCAGCUGUGUGAACCAAGGCCCCCACAGUGCUGCUCUCCUGGCUGAUAAAUGUGUACCUCAGUGUGGUGCUGCUCGCCCAGAAUAGUUUAUUGAAGGAAAGAUGCAUUUAAAUAGGGCACAGUGGUAGCAUGUUAAUCUGCCACAGAUAAUAGUUACACUGCAGUGCAUUUAUUUGUUGCCAUCAACAGCAUAGUUGCAAAAUUUGGGGCCACGACAGACAAUAUAAAAGCUGAUUUUAUGGUAGCUGCCAUGCUCCGGCAAAUUGUUUGCUACUUGUCCUACAAUAUGUUUGCAACAGGUGGAUUUUUUUUUUUUUUUUAAGCCCAUAUACUUUUCCCUGCUGAAACAGCAAAGAGAAACAGGUUGGUGAGGUGCUGCUGCUCCAGCUGGAUGUUUAGCAGUUAAAGGGAUUGUAGUUAAAGAAAGAGUGCUGGAAGCAGAUUUUGGUGGAAUUUGGGUUUUUUUUCCCUCUCUUUGUUGUGCUCAGCCAGUGCUGAAGCAGUGAGCAUGCAAACACCGCUGUGUGAUGGAGCUUCCAUCUAGGCAGCUUCCAAUUUCUCCUGCUAGAAUGUGCUGGAAAAAGCUUGUGGAGAAGGGGGCUAAGGCACAAGGUGGUUGAUGGUGCUGAGGCAGCUCAGGGGACUCAACUGCUCUUCCCUCCUGAGCUGCUCCAUGUGCUUGCCAAGGCUACCUACUUCAACAUCACUGCUCACAUUCUCUGCUUCUCUUUCUUGGGUAGGAGGGGGCAGUUGCCCAAGGCAUGUGACAGGAAUUUGAGGAGACUUUCUCAUCUUGAAUGUGUGCUUUGGGGAAGUGAUGAUGAUUACUAGGCUGAGCUGCAGUUCAUGACAUUGUAACUGAAAGCUUUCUUCCCAUUUUAUGACAAUGGCAGUUCCUCUCCUUCUGGUUUCUUUUAAACAUCUCUCCUGCUUCUAAGAACUGCUCCACACAGGAGGCUACCAUGGACUGAAUAAUUAAAGCAAUAUUAUCUAUGAUAAUAUGUACCUCUGUAAUUUUCUGUUCCCAUGGAUUUUUUUUUUUUUCAAUAAACAGCACAACUACUAGCAAUAACAUUUCCUGGAGUGCUUGAAAAAAAUUAAAAGGAAAAAAUUAAAAGCUGGUCCAGUAAACUGAGCAGUUGGUUACUCCAGCCUGUUCCUGGUUAGAGAGUUCAAACAAAGCAUCUGUCAUCUGUUUCUCAGAGAAUUAAGGAAAGUAACACCACCCUGUGAGGCACUGUGGGCCAGGACACUGCAGUCGCCUGGGGCUCUGUCUUGCCUGCAACUCUUCCUGGGCGUUUCAGGGAGAAAAAAGAAAACCUGCUGUCCCUCAUCCAGGGUCUGCACAUCCCCUGACAAACUCGACUGUGAGAUGAUUUUACAGAGCUCUUCUUGCUGUGGUGCUCCCACACAGUGUCAUGAUCAUCUGCCAAACGAGGUGAAAUGGAGUAAUUAAGGAUUAUGUUGAAAUAGUUUGGCUCCUGCUCUGUACCUGGAGGAAAAGCUUGUCUGAUCAUACGUAUGUGUUUGGUUUUUAAAGAUUGUGUAAUAAAGGAAAAAUUGAUCCAAUUAAAAGUGCAUUGCAAACG